GUGGAUGUCCUCGCUCAUUUUCUCGGGGGAGCGCAACUCGAGAACGCCCCGCACACGCUUGACGAUGCCGUUAUCGUUGGCCUUGACACAGAGUGGUUCGAGCGCGGCUGCAAGGCGGUCACCGAGCUGGGUAUCUCGAUUAUCGACACCCUCUCGCUUUCUCGAGUCGGAAGCCCCUGGACGGCGCUGGCAAGCAUGCAAGUCCAUCACGCGCGCAUCAUGAAGAAUGCGCAUAUGGUCAACGGGAAGAAAUGCGCGGGCCAUCCCGACCGCUUCGAAUUCGGGGCUACGAAAUUUGUUACGAUGGAAGAGGCGCGGCGGCUUCUGCUGGAUUCCUUCUCGCACUCGAGAGGGGAUGGGUCGUUGAGGCCUGUUAUAUUUAUAGGACAUGCGGUGGAUAAUGAUGUUGACUCAAUGAAGGAACAUCUUGGUGUUGAUCUGAAUGAGCUUGGUGUUAUCGCGACUGCGCUCGAUACACAAGCUAUGGCUACCGAGCUUGGCCUCGUUCCCGAAAGUCGUCUUCUCAGCUUGAAGGAUCUCCUGGCCGAAUUCGCCAUCCAGGAAGAGUACCUCCAUACCGCUGGCAACGACAUCGCCCUCACCACGAUCGCCGCUUUCCUCCUCACCGCCGACCACGUCGCAGGAUCCGACUUCUGGAGGGUGGCCCACAACCGCUCCGAAGUCGCCAGCCUCAAAUCCCUCCUCCAAUCCCAUCCCGCACCCACACAAGGCAUCACCACCUUCUGCACCAAGUGCGAUUCCACCUCGCACAUGUUCGCGCAGUGCAGCGCGGCUGUCUCCUGCACAGAGUGCGCCGCGAACUCAGACCGGAGUCGCUUCGCGCACACGCACAAGACAGAGAAAUGU